CUCUAUUUAAAGGGUCACUUUUAUUACAAUAUAUAUGGUGUGAUUUCGAAUUAGGUAUAUACAAGUGGUUCCCAACUCUCUUUAAGGAGGAAAAAGAGAUAAAAGAGGAAUUUCGUCGCCGGUCCGAUCCAAAUGGCUAAUGAUGAGCAGCAAAUAAGUAAAUGGAAAGGCAAGGCUAGUGAAGAGCUAGCAGGUCCCAAAGCAGAGCAAGUGUGGCCUCUUUUGGAAGACUUCUUCGGCCUCAACAAAUGGUUCCCAACUCUCACAACUUGCCUUGCUGUUGAAGGCAUCAAUGGACAACCUGGGUGCGUCCGCUACUGUGCUGGCUUCAAAACCCCAGUUAAUAAUGGCGAACAAAUUAUGAACUGGACGAAGCAGAAGCUGCUGUCCAUUGACCCAACAGAGCUCACUUUUAGCUAUUCCAUUGUUGAUGGAAAUGUUGGGUUCAACUCCUACGUAUCGACCGUAAAAGUGGUUCCCAAUGAACAAGGGUGUAGUAUUCAUUGGUGGUAUGAAGUUGAACCGGUGGAAGGGUGGAUGCCGGAGGAUUUGAGCGUUUUUAUCGGAUCGGGUUUGCAGGUCAUGGCAAAGAGAAUGGAAGAAGCUCUUCUUCAUCUCCAUGCAAGCACAAAUCAGAAACCAUAAUUAAUUUGUAGUACUACUCGUGCUUUCGUAGUUGUUAUUGUUGCUUUUGGUUUUGCUGUUUUCAUUUUCUGCGCUAUCAUUAUUAACAUGCCCCUUGCUUGAUUUGGA